ACCUCCAGUCUGUUCCCGGAAGUGCUGCGGGUGCGAGCGGGCGUGAUGGCUUCAAGGUUACUUCGCGGAGCUGGAGCGUUGUUCGCGCAGGCCCUGAGGACCCGCGGUCCCAAUGGAGUCGCCGCGGUGCGCUCCAUGGCGUCUGCAGAGCCCAACUCCCGUUUCUUUAGGAGGCAUUCCUACUGACGAAGAGCAGGCCACCGGGCUGGAGCGGGAGAUCAUGAUGGCUGCGCGGAAGGGACUGGACCCGUACAACCUGCUUGCCCCCAAAGCAGCUUCAGGCACCAAGGAAGACCCUAAUCUAGUCCCCUCCAUCUCCAACAAGCGAAUAGUAGGCUGCAUCUGUGAAGAAGACAACAGCACUGUUAUCUGGUUUUGGCUGCACAAAGGCGAGGCCCAGCGGUGCCCCAGCUGUGGAACCCAUUACAAGCUGGUGCCCCACCAGUUGUCCCACUAAAUCUCGACUCUCUUGAAAUGGGUUGUGAAAUUUCUCUCCAAUAAAGACUAGCCAUUGCUUUGGCUCCUUCUCCCAUA